GCGUGGAUCCGGUCCUUUUCCUGCGCUGUAAACUUGAGUAAAGCGGCUCUUCAGCCCAUCCGACUCAAUCUACAGCCAUCGACCGGGACCGACCGCCGAAAUGACCGAGCAGAUGACCGUGAGAGGGACCCUGAAGGGCCACAACGGCUGGGUGACCCAGAUCGCCACGACGCCGCAGUUUCCGGACAUGAUUCUGUCCGCGUCCAGAGAUAAGACCAUCAUCAUGUGGAAACUCACCCGCGACGAGACCAACUACGGCAUUCCUCAGCGAGCCCUGCGUGGACACUCACACUUCGUGAGCGACGUGGUCAUCUCAUCGGAUGGUCAGUUCGCCCUGUCGGGCUCGUGGGACGGGACCCUGCGUCUGUGGGACCUCACCACAGGAACCACAACCCGUCGGUUUGUGGGCCACACCAAAGACGUGCUGAGUGUGGCCUUCUCCGCUGAUAACCGGCAGAUCGUGUCCGGCUCUCGGGACAAAACCAUCAAGCUGUGGAACACGCUGGGCGUCUGCAAGUACACCAUUCAGGACGAGAGUCACACUGAGUGGGUUUCCUGCGUGCGUUUCUCUCCCAACAGCAGUAACCCCAUCAUCGUCUCCUGCGGCUGGGACAAGAUGGUGAAGGUGUGGAAUCUGGCCAACUGUAAGCUGAAGACCAAUCACAUCGGACACACCGGGUUCCUGAACACCGUCACUGUCUCCCCUGAUGGAUCCCUCUGCGCCUCUGGUGGAAAGGACGGACAGGCCAUGCUCUGGGAUCUGAACGAAGGCAAGCAUCUGUACACGCUGGACGGCGGUGAUGUCAUCAAUGCGCUCUGCUUCAGUCCCAACAGAUACUGGCUGUGUGCCGCCACAGGACCGAGCAUCAAGAUCUGGGAUCUGGAGGGAAAGAUCAUCGUUGAUGAGCUCAGACAGGAAGUCAUCACCACUAACAGCAAGGCUGAGCCGCCCCAGUGCACGUCUCUGGCAUGGUCUGCUGACGGACAGACUCUCUUUGCUGGAUACACAGACAACCUGAUCAGAGUUUGGCAGGUGACCAUCGGAACCCGAUAAAGAUGUACAUUUCCAAGAACAGAAUGCAAAAUAUGGAAAAUUGAAUUAAAAAAAAAAAAGAUAACACAAUUAAACUGAUUUUGUCCUUGUUAGUAUUUUUCUCUUGUAUUGAUGCCAAUUUGUACUACAUCAGUUCACCACAGUUAUUCUUUAUCUAAUAAAAAUCUAUCAUAUGUUAAUUUA